AUGUUCGUCUUCAAGCGAGACGGACGCAAGGAACGCGUGCAGUUCGACAAGAUCACAGCUCGCGUGUCAAGAUUGUGCUAUGGACUCGACCCAGAUCAUGUCGACCCGGCUGCCAUCACACAGAAGGUUAUCUCUGGUGUCUACCAGGGCGUGACCACUGUCGAGCUUGACAAUCUGGCGGCCGAAACUGCAGCAUACAUGACCGUCACCCACCCUGACUAUGCCAUCCUUGCCGCACGUAUUGCCGUGUCAAACCUUCACAAGCAGACCAAGAAGCAGUUCUCCUCCGUGGUCCAGGACCUGUACAGCUGGAUCAACCCCAAGACUGGCAAGCCAGCACCCAUGAUCUCAGACGAGACAUACAACAGCAUUAUGAAGCAUGCAGAUGAGCUCAACUCGGCCAUCGUCUAUGACCGAGACUUCAACUACCAAUACUUCGGCUUCAAGACACUUGAGCGAUCAUACCUGCUCAAGAUCGGCAAGAAGGUGGCCGAGAGACCUCAGCACAUGUUGAUGCGUGUCGCUGUUGGCAUCCACGGUGACGACGUUGAGAAGGCCAUCGAGACCUACAACCUCUUGUCCCAGAAGACCUUCACACACGCCUCACCAACACUGUUCGCAGCUGGCACGCCCCACCCACAACUGUCGUCUUGCUUCCUCAUCGACAUGAAGUCGGACAGCAUUGAUGGCAUCUACGAUACUCUCAAGACAUGUGCCAUGAUCUCAAAGAGUGCUGGUGGUGUUGGUCUCAACGCUCACUGCAUCCGUGCCACUGGCUCCUACAUUGCGGGCACAAACGGUACCUCCAAUGGCCUCAUUCCCAUGCUGAGAGUCUUCAACAACACUGCUCGCUAUGUUGAUCAAGGUGGCAACAAGCGUCCGGGUGCAUUUGCCGUGUACCUCGAGCCAUGGCACGCUGAUAUCUUCGAGUUUCUCAACCUACGCAAGAACCACGGCAAGGAAGAGGUCCGCGCUCGAGACCUGUUCUACGGCUUGUGGACGCCUGAUUUGUUCAUGCAGCGUGUGGAGAAGAACCAAGAUUGGACACUGAUGUGCCCAAACGAGUGCCCAGGUCUAGCUGAUGUGUACGGCGAAGAGUUCGAGGCUCUGUACACCAGAUACGAGCAAGAAGGUCGUGGUAGGUCGACCAUCAAAGCACAAAAGCUCUGGUACGCCAUUCUCGAGGCUCAGACCGAAACCGGCACCCCAUACAUGCUCUACAAGGAUGCUUGCAACCGCAAGUCCAACCAGAAAAACCUUGGCACCAUCCGGAGCUCCAACUUGUGCACUGAGAUCAUCGAGUACACUGCUCCGGAUGAGGUCGCUGUCUGCAACUUGGCUUCUUUGUCGCUGCCAGCAUUCGUUGACCAGUCCCGUGGUGAAUACGACUUCGGUCGUCUGCACGAGGUCGCUCAAGUUGUGACCCGCAACUUGAACAAGAUCAUCGACAUCAACUACUACCCUGUUGAAGAAGCCAAGAAGAGCAACUUCAGACACCGACCCAUCGGUCUUGGUGUCCAAGGUCUCGCCGAUGCCUUCCUUGCACUUCGUCUACCAUUUGACUCUCCUGAAGCAAGGCAGCUCAACAUACAGAUCUUUGAGACUAUCUACCAUGCUGCUCUCACAGCUUCGUGCGCACUGGCGAAAGAGCUUGGCCCGUACGAGACAUAUCAGGGCUCACCUGUCUCACAAGGCAUCCUCCAGUACGACAUGUGGAAUGUCACUCCUACGGACCUGUGGGACUGGGAUUCGCUGAAGGCUGAUAUCGCUCAACACGGUGUUCGCAACUCACUGCUGCUGGCUCCCAUGCCUACAGCCUCAACAUCCCAGAUCUUGGGUAACAAUGAGUGCUUCGAGCCUUACACAUCCAACAUCUACUCUCGCCGAGUUCUUGCUGGCGAGUUCCAGGUUGUUAACCCCUGGCUGCUCAAGGACCUGGUCGAUCUCGGCUUGUGGUCAGACAACAUGAAGAACCGCAUCAUUGCUGAGGGCGGCUCUAUCCAGAAUGUGCCAAACGUCCCGGCUGACAUCAAGGCACUUUACAAGACAGUGUGGGAGAUCUCACAACGUACUGUUCUGCAGAUGGCUGCUGACCGUGGUGCCUUCAUCGAUCAGUCUCAGUCACUCAACAUCCACUUGAAGGAGCCGACGAUGGGCAAGAUUACCAGCAUGCACUUCGCUGGCUGGAAGAUGGGUCUCAAGACUGGCAUGUACUACCUCCCGCUGAAGGUCGCUGACACCAACACCGCUCGAGAGAAGUACGGGCCUCGCAAGCGGGCCAGUCUCGGACCCGAGGCUACCCUCUCUGCUAUCCCACGGCCAAUGUACAUUGCCAAGGGUGGUAAUGGCAGUGCUGAGCGCAUCUCUGGCAUGAUCACACCAGCGCCCACACCUCCUCCAGGUGAUGACAACACCAAGCAGCUGGGCAGCCAGCUUGCCAGAACCAGACUUUCGGACGGGUCAAGUAGUGGAGAGCCCAGCCCGAAAGUCUUGGCCACAGAUCCUGUCGACACGCCUGAUCUAGACGAGGAGCUCGGCGCCAAGAAGACACAGGAAGAGGAUGAAGAGGAGAGUGAAGAUCGUGAAGGCGAUAUCUAUGCACAGAAAGUGCUUGCUUGCUCGAUCGAGAACAAGGAAGCCUGCAUGAUGUGCAGCGGCUGA